CGAGGCCCGAGCGCCGCCGGUCCCGCCGAAGCCAGUGGGCCGGCCCGAAGUCCGCGCCGCGGCCGGAAGGAGGCGCUUCGGUUUGCGAUGGCGACGGCGGGGGAGCCGGGCGGCCGAGGGAAGGCGCCGGCGCCGGGGCCGGGGCCGGGGCCGGGGCCGGGGCGGCCCGCCGAGGCCGAAACCCCGGUCGCUUACUACCGGCUGGAGGAGGUGGCGAGGCGGAACUCGCCGCUGGAGUCGUGGCUGGUCAUCCACGGCAAAGUCUACGACGUCACCCGCUUCCUCAGCGAGCACCCAGGCGGAGAAGAGGUUCUGCUCGAGCAAGCUGGUGGGGAUGCCUCAGAAAGCUUUGAAGACGUAGGGCACUCCAUGGAUGCCAGGGAAAUGCUCGAACAAUACUACAUUGGGGAGAUCCAUCCGAGUGAACGUAAAGAGAAAGGUUCCAAGAGUUCUUCAAACUCAUUUGGCAAAAGUUGCAAUUGGAUUAUCCCCAUCAUUGGAGUUGUUUUAUUAGCUUUCAUGUAUCGCUACUACAUGGGGGAGAGCAGAGCUUCUUGAUCCCGCCUCAGUGAAACCUGCCAAGUGCAAGCCUUUCAAAGAGAGAAGCAAGCCUGCUUUGUUCAGACUUCUGGAUGCCCCUCUCCUUGAAUUCUGUCAAUUUUAUUUUCACCCUUUGGCUUCUCUGGCAACACUGGAGAAACUGAGAUAAUUCUACCCCCGUUGACCUCAAAUCUGGGACCAACACUUGUCGUCUUACAUCUCCUUUACCUUCAGACACUCUCACUCACCAGUCUCUCAGGAUUUAAUUUUGUAAUCAAUCUGCCCUCCCUCCUUAGGUUUAUAGGAGUCAAUUUUCAUUCCACAACUUUCUGCCACCAAUCACAUUCAGAUUGAAGAGCUGCUACUGGGUGAAUCUGUAAAACAUUCUGUGCUUCAUAUGCACAUCCGCAGAAGAAAUUCUGCACGGGUCUGGUGUUCGGUCCUUUGCGAUGAAGUGGUCUGGGAUCUAAUAGUUUGAAUGGAUCCAGGGCGUUCUUAACAGGAGAAGCAGCAAACUUCUAUUCUUUGAAGAUAUCCUUCCUCUUUCUUUACAUUGAUACACACCUUUGAAUGGAAAAAAUACAGAUUUUCAGAAAGCAAAAUGUAACUUAAUUUUCAUACUUCUGUUCCGAGCUGCUUGUCAUGAAAGGUAGAAGUACACAGCCACCAUGCCCGAAAGCCAACUUCAUGAGCUGCUAAUUGCCUCUGAAUGGAAACAUCAGAACCAGAACUAAGCGGUUACUAGAUCUACUGUUAUGCUCCUGAAAUGCCUGAGCCUACACUGGAUGUUCGGGUAUUCAGUAGCAGAGUUGUUAUUUCAAACAUUUUGGGUAAAUGGAAUUUCAAAUUCCACAUGCUUUUGGUGAGAAGAUAAGACUUUCUAAAACCCGCUGCCUUGGUUUGACCCCACACUUCUUCAGCCGCAUUUUGAGAUUAAAGUUGAAAUACAGAGUGGACUUUGUGAAUUUUCUCCGAGUUCCAUUCCAUCAGUAAAUUGGAAGGAUCAUCUUUUGCUAAAAAAUGGCUCCCACAGGGAGCGAAAAGUUUUGGAUUUUCCCGUUCCUUUUACUACAUUUGGGGUGAAUGCAGUAAGUGGCACAACUAAAUGGCAUGUUCAAAGAAGGGAUGAAAGGAAGGGAAAACUUGUGCUUUACCAGGCCUCAGUGACUCAGUAGCUUUAAUUAUGCUCAGAGGAAAAUAUUUUUUUCCAGACUUGAGUCUUGUUGAGGAAUAAUUGAUUUUUACAAAUUUGUAGCCACUUUUUCGUGCUCCUGUGCAAGCUAGGAGCUUGCCUAGUCUUCCCAUAUAGAGUGAGUGACCGGUUGAUGAUUUCACCCUAACUCUUUGGGAAAGGUCACCCUAUGUCUGAAUACAUUUAAACACCAGUGCUUUAUACAAAAGGAAACAGCUUAGUUUAUAAAGUAACAGUCAUGCCCAAUUCCUCUCCCCUUUUCCCAUUUUCCAGGGACCCCACAAGACAAGGAGUAACAAACUGUACUGUGGCUACCCAGGCAGACUACUUAAGGAAACCUCGAGCUGAGGUCUCGCUCUGAUUUUAUAAAUGAGUGAAUACACACUUCAUUAAAUUCUAUUUAUUAAGUACUCAUAUAUACAUGGUGUUGUACUGGUUAACUUCAGUGGUUCCUUGCAGAAUUUCCUGUUUCUCUACUUAUGGUUUGAAGGAUAUGUAUGUUAAGGCUCAGCAAACGAAUGGCCCCUCAAAAAUUAAGCAUUUCUUGAAUUGAUAAUAAAGCCGUUGCUUUAAAGUGUAAACGAGCCUUUUGCACUGGGGAGAAAAUCGUAAUUAACUGUAUGGCAAAGGACUUGAUUAGACCUGAGGUGGUCAAAUGGUAUGAAAUCUUGGGGAUAAAUAUAUUGGGGGGAUUUCACCCGUUUUGACACCUGUCCUGGGCCCCAUGAAUUCUCUGUAGCUUUUGUUUCUAUAAUGGUUUCAAGGGGGACUGAGUCAUUGGAGGCCUUAGAUGAACGAAUGGGGCACAAGAGUAGGAGGAAACAGAGGGAUAAUUUUAGGUGAAACUUUGAGGCAGGGAGGGGAUCGGCUUCUAAAAAAAGGUUGAAAACAUCUGAUGUAGACCGUUGGUCUCAGAAGAGGACCGCCAUAGGUGAAGGGAUUUGCUUGCCCCUCGUUCCUGGAUAUCUGAGGGUUUUUUGGUGUAGUUUUUUCCACUCAGAGAGCCAAACUGAGCUAAAAGAUACCCAGGUCUUUAGAAGAGUGUCAUCAAGUCUUCAAAAUCGAAUGAACAUCAGUCGCCGUACGUCUGGAUUGUUAAGGGGUCUUCAGAAACCUUAGUCCCAAUGUGUCAAAGUGGGUUUGAUAUUUUUAAGGGAAAACAAUAAAACAAGUAAUGUGGAGCUUUUUUUUCCCGCUGCAUGUCUCUUCCUGUUUACAUCUAAUCUUGUUCUCACUCUGUGCCAAAUGUGAAUUCUUUUGGUCUUGCCCCCACCACAUACACAACCUACCCAGGGCUCUGGGUUCCUCUCUGUCUCACUCAGUAUGUUCAGCGAUGUCUGGCAUUGUGUAAACUGUUCUUGGGUACACGACCGGUAGGCAGGAGAGCACAAGAGCACGAGGGUCUACGCGCAACCCACUGUCACUGUAAUCAGCUCCUUUGCACAAGUUCUCUGUCCUGAAGUCUCAGGCUGAGGCGCAUCCGUCUUUCUCGACGGGAAAGGUAGGUUUACCCGCAGUAUGAUGGCCUUGGCUUUUCUGCUUCGCCAGCCCUCCUUAGUUUGUUUGUGCGCUGGUGUUAAACAAAAGGGUCCAGAUGCACUAGGUUUUGUCCUGGAAGUGCAAGUUUGGUGCGGGUGAUUAAAUCUCCAUUGUCAGGAUCAGUAACCUAGGACAGACGAAGCUAUUGUUGGGUACUUGCGAGUAGCUCCCCUUUGGCUGCCAGUGCCCACUGGAGCUCGUCUUUAGGGUAUCCUGUGGUUUAUUUCCGAGGAAGCUGAGCUACAGUGCACUGUACCGUUGAGUCAAGGCCACAGAAUGUCUGGGGAGGAGAAAGGGGAAAAAUUGUCGGUCACCCCAGUUAGAGUUGGGACGACCGAGCCCGAGAAUUUCUCAAGAUGGCUUCUGCCCUUGGAGAGGAAAGGAAUGUGGUUGUGGCACAUCAGGCUAUAAAGGGACGAAGUUUGUUUUGAAUUUAGGCGUCUCAAUCGAACUGCUCAACAAGGAGUAGAAUUCCAUCGGCACCUAUAACGUCAGCUUCUGGAGUUCCCUAGCAGCUGUCGUAAAUUUAUGGAUUGUGAAAUAAGAACAUUGUUAGCUUUAUGUUCCUUUGGUUCGGUUGUGGGGCAGUGGCGGACGUUUUACAGGCUGGGUCAUUGUUUAUUGUCUCCCCUGCUUAAACUCUGUCGUGAUAGCUCUCUAGUUCAGGAGUCUUGGUCUGUGAAGAAAAUGAACGUUCAUUCCCUUCUGCCCCAAAGAGAUGGAUUCAACCCUUUCGUGCCUCAACAAGAAGUUCACUUGUUGAACCACCUCCUCCUGUAGUUGCCCAACAUCACAGACCUCUGGGGAGUUUGGCAGGAUUGGCCGUCCUCUACUAGAGAAGCCCGGGGCUGGAAUUUGUGGGGGUGAUGUAGGUGGAGAAGGUUUGACACGCAUUAGAAUGCCUCACCCCGGGUUAAUUCGAUACUUCUCGGGGUGCCUAAAUCCCGCAUCUGCAUACUCGGAGAAAAAUUCCGAAGAACCAUCCCAUAUAUUCUUGACUGUCCUCUUGACAUUAACGCAUCUUUGACAUUAACAUCCCUAUUGUGUAUUCAGUAAUUGGGUUUGUUUACCUAUUUUAUCUCAGAAUAUUUUAAACAAAGAUCUUUGUCUCUUUCUACUGGAAUGUGCACACAGUGAUUGUUUGUUAGCAGAACUGACACAAUAAAGAUAUUGUUUCACUUUC